AGAGGAAAUUUCACCAUAAGUAGGGCACCUUCUAGAUUGCUCCUUGGGUGCAGAGACAGAAAUCUCUGCUAUCCAGAUCAGCAGGAUCCAGCAAAGGCCAUUAUGGUUGUAUAAACAUGGGGAAAAAAGACCAACUAAGGCCUAAGGUGAAUGUGUCUUCUUACAUCCACUUUAUGCUGAAUUUCAGAAAGAAAUUCAAGGAGCAACAGCCAAAUACCUACCUUGGCUUUAAAGAAUUCUCUAGAAAGUGUUCAGAAAAAUGGAGAUCCAUCUCAAAGCAUGAAAAGGCAAAGUAUGAAGCCCUAGCCAAGCUCGACAAAGCCCGGUACCAGCGAGAAAUGAUGAAUUAUGUAGGCAAAAGAAGAAAAAGAAGAAAGAGGGACCCAAAGGCACCACGGAAGCCCCCAUCCUCCUUCCUGCUCUUCUCCCUGGACCACUAUGCCACGCUGAAGCAAGAGAACCCCAAUUGGACCGUGGUGCAGGUGGCCAAGGCUGCCGGGAAGAUGUGGUCCACAACUGCAGAAGCAGACAAAAAGCCCUAUGAACAGAAGGCUGCGCUUAUGCGGGCAAAGUACUUCGAGGAGCGGGAGGCCUACCGCAACCAAUGUCAAGUCAGGAAGGGGAACUUCCUAGAAUCAGCCAAGACCAGUUUGAAACAAUAAAACAUCAUCCAAUUG